CGGACUCUGCCCCGCGCCCCUGCUCCCGGCCGGCCAUGGCUCGGCUGCGCUUCUCGGCCAAUGUGUCGUGGCUGUUCCCCGAGCUCCCCAGCCUCCCCGCGCGGCUCCGGGCCGCGGGCAGCUCGGGCUUCGAGGCCGCCGAGGUCGGCUGGCCGUACGCGGAGCCGCCAGAGGCGCUGGCGCGCGCGGCGCGGGAAGCGGGGCUGCGGCUGGUGCUGAUCAACACGCCCCCGGGAGACCGAGAGAAGGGGGAAAUGGGGCUGGGGGCCGUUCCCGGGAGGCAGGCGGCCUUCCGAGAGGGGCUGGAGCAGGCCGUCCUGUACGCCAAGGCUCUGGGCUGUCCCAGGAUUCACCUCAUGGCCGGCCGAGUACCCCAGGGGGCAGAUCGAGCAGCAGUCAGGGGUGAAAUGGAGACCGUUUUUCUGGAGAACCUGAGGCACGCCGCUGGGAUUUUGGCUCAGGAGAACCUCGUGGGACUGCUGGAGCCCAUCAACACCCGUGUCACUGACCCCCAGUACUUCCUGGAUACGCCCCAGCAGGCGGCAGCCAUCUUGCAGAAGGUGGGAAGACCCAACCUCCAGCUACAAAUGGACAUAUUCCACUGGCAGAUCAUGGAUGGCAACCUGACAGGAAACAUCCGGGAGUUUCUGCCCAUCGUUGGGCAUGUGCAGGUGGCACAGGUCCCAGGCCGGGGGGAGCCUGGCAGCCCCGGAGAGCUGAACUUCCCCUAUCUGUUCCAACUGCUGGAAGAUGAAGGCUACAAAGGCUACGUAGGCUGCGAGUACCAGCCUCAAGGAGACACAGUAGAAGGCCUGAGUUGGCUCCAUUCAUACUGGGAUAGGCGGGGCCAUCCACAGGCCAGCCAGUGAGGUCCUGCACCCCACCCGCAUGCCUCUGUGGGACAGUGAGUUGAGCAUCCUGAGUCUCCUCGGAAUUAAAGACACCCUGGUGAA